CUCUGGCUACUCUCCCAUCCUCCAACAACUAGUCAGUCAACUGACUGCCAAAGCAUCUUUGUCAUCCUAUCCCCUCAAGCCUAGCCUCCUAUAUAUGCGUCAUGAACUCAAGAUCAUUGUCGUGACUUGUUGAGCAAAUUUGGGCCCGGCCCUGAGCGUGACCCACGAGCUGACCCACGACCCUGGGCUAGUGCUGAGCAGCCAGCCAAUCAUUUGAAAGUCGACAACAGUUGGCGGAGUUGAGCUGGAGUGAGUUCCAGGGGGGUGGGUGAGGCUUCGCUGGACGCUGAACGCUGGAUGCUGGAUGGCCGUCGGUCAAAGGUCGACCUCUGCCUCGCCUUGCCCCAGAAUCGUCUCAGUCUUGGUCGUUGUUGGCCCUGACUGACACGCCAAAUCUGCGCGAUCGGUUGGAUCGGGCGAUCCUGUCUGACGGACACCCGCCCAACUUGAUCGAGAACUGGUCCAUUGGCCCUGACUCGGCCAUCCUCGGCCAUCCUCGGCCAUCCUCGGCCCCAGGAAAGUGGCGGUUUGGGCUGGAGUUCAAUCCUGAUCCCCACGGACGUCGGAAACAAGCCAUCCUCGACAUUGGGCUGGCCGACUGUGACUGCUAGCUCGUGGUUGUGUGUGGCACCCAUUGGCAUUCCACCCACCCACGAGUCCCAUCAUGAGCCUUUGGGUCACCUUCGGGGCCUUGACCUUUCAAUUCCUGUUCCCGCCCUUUCUGUGCAUCUUGGCCUUGACAUUGGUCUUGGCCUCGUUGGGCAAAUCUCUGGGCGUCCGACGGCUUUAUGUCCAAGUGUUGCUUCGCGUGUUUCGAUUUGCCCGAUUUGUCACGGCUGAACAUCAUCAACGACGGGAUUCUCAAUUCAAAUUGGGCGGUGAUGAUGACGAGGUGGACGGAGAAGACCUACGAUCAGAGACCAAGGACGAGUGGAACAAGCAGCCCGAGAUCCUCGACUCGCAAACCCACGCCGCAUCGAAUACAACGUAUUCGCAACCUCAGAACCGCGACCACGAGGACAGUGACGGCGACAAUGAUGGCCGGCUGGCCGAGCAGGUGGAUUCGGGUGUGGAAUGCGCCUCGCCAAUGUCGUCCAAGAGCAACCCUACCCUCUCCGAUGUCGAGGAGGUCGGGUCUCCCUCGGAUAGCCCCACUCAUGGCCGGUCUGAGCCGAGUAUCCAAUCCAUGCGGAAGGCCUUGAAAACAUUCGGCAAAGAAUCUCGCCACAAUGUCAUCAGUCGACGCGAUAAUCUGAUUUUGAGUCCCGAUCGGCCGGCGGUGUUGACGGAAGAGGAAUCAACGCAUCAUCAAUCCGGACUGGGAUUAUCGACCCGACUCAUGAAAGGCGAAAACGUCUCCGUGGCCACUUUGCAGCGCGAGUUCGAGAUGGAUGAUGUGUUGGACUACCUCAAAACUGGUAUCGCUGCCAUCAUCGAGGAUGAAGUCACCCAAAGAUUUGUAGCCGAAGAGCUGAAGUCGUGGAAUUUACUCACUCGAACAAGUCUCAGCUUUGAAUUUGUUAACAUCAAAUUGACCGUGAUCUGGGUGCUAGGGUUCUUUUUCCGAUACUUCGUACUGCUCCCUUGUCGGAGCAUCAUCCUCGUGUUCGGGAUAUUCUACUUGCUGUUCAUGACGGCCGCCGUUGGCUCCAUUCCCAGCCAAUAUCUACGACGUCGUCUCUACGAUUAUGUGGCAGUCACCUGCUUUAGAAUUUUGAGUCGAUCGUUUUCAGCCGUAGUUACCUUUCAUAAUAAGCACUACCGACCCAAAUCCGAUGGUAUCUGUGUGGCCAAUCACACCACGCCCAUCGAUGUGGUGAUCUUGCAGAUAGAUCGCAGUUAUGCCUUGGUUGGUCAAUCACAUGGAGGAUUCUUCGGAUUGGUGCAAAGAGCUUUGAGUCGUGCAACCGCUCACGUUUGGUUUGAGCGAUCUCAUGUCAGAGACAGAAUGGUGGUGGCUAAACGACUAAAAGAACACGUUGAAGAUCCCAACAAGCUUCCUAUUCUGAUUUUCCCCGAAGGCACUUGCAUUAACAAUACGUCUGUGAUGCAGUUCAAGAAAGGCAGCUUCGAAGUCGGAGGUACGAUCUAUCCCGUGGCCAUCAAAUAUGACGCUCAAUUUGGCGAUGCCUUCUGGAAAUCGUCCCAAAACGGGAUGCUUUCGUACAUCUACAUGAUGAUGACUUCUUGGGCCAUCGUGUGCGAUGUCUGGUACUUGCCGCCCAUGACGCGAGGAGAGGGAGAAGAUGCGGUCCAUUUCGCCAAUCGGGUUAAGGCGGAAAUCGCUCGGCAAGGCGGCCUUGUCGAUCUUAUGUGGGAUGGAAACCUCAAGCGAAUGCAAGUCAAGUCGGAAUGGAAAGCAAUCCAACAAGAAGAGUUUUCCAAGCGCUUGAAAGUGGAAUGAUUAUGAAAAACGGAACCUAAUCUUGUCCAUAGUACCCAGAAUUCAGAAUCCAAAAUCCAGAAUCCAUCCAGCUUGCGUGACUAGCACACAACCUCCUAUCAAAUUGAGAUGAUGAAGCCUAGAAGAAAACACGAUUCGCCUUCUCGUUGCCAAUGAACUGAAUUCCUGUGUCGCGAGUGUCAGCCAAAACUUCCCACGUGUCACCACGAGUUUCUCUAGCCUAGUACAUAUUUUUUCAGCUGAUCCAUCCGUUAUGGUGAUUAUUUUUUGUACUCGCUAUUUGCUUCCCAGUAGCCAACCGAACCCUCGAAAAGCACAAAUGACCAAGCAUCAACCGUCCAUCAUUCCACAUCCAUAAUUGUUCCCCAUGAAUGAAUUGUUACAAGGCAGAAAAUUGAACCAACUCUGAAUGACGGUGUUGUUGACGAUAUUGAAACGACGAGGUUAACGAGGACGACGAAGCAAAGUACAAUAAUAUAACCAAUAUGUUUAUUAA